AUGACCUCUACACUAGACCACAGGGCUUGGAAGAAAACUGAAAAGGAGGAGCGGUAUGUGUAUGUUUAUGUGCGACUGGACUGUGGGGAGGCUGUAGCAGUAUUGUAUAAUGCUCAUUUUGGAGAGGGAUCAGGACCAAUCUGGAUGGAAAAUGUGGCCUGCAGUGGGUCAGAGUCUACACUGAAGAACUGUACAUCAGCAGGAUGGGGCAAACAUAACUGUCUUCAUUCUGAAGAUGCUGGAGUCAUCUGCUCAGGUCAUGUGACCAGACUAGUUGAUGGAUUUAACUUGUGUUCUGGGAGACUAGAGCUUCUACGUGGAAACCAGUGGGGCACGGUGUGUGAUGCUGCCUUUGACCAGCAGGAUGCAGAGGUUGUGUGUCGAGAGCUGGGCUGUGGGGCUCCUGGAGAAAUUCUGGGAGGAGCAGCUUUUGGCAGAGGGGAGGGCCAUGUGUUGUCAGAUGAGUUUCAGUGUGGAGGAAAUGAAUCAGAGAUUUUCCUUUGUCCAAAAUUACCUUCACAAAAACAAAACUGUUCUCACAAUAAUGAUGUGGGGCUUACAUGCACGGCUUACACAGAGUUCAAACUGGUUGGAGGCCCUGACUCCUGUGCUGGUCGAGUUGAGCUACGGUACCUGGAUGAGUGGGGCAUGGUGUGUGAUGCAUCAUGGGACAUGAGAGCUGCCAGUGUCCUCUGUAGACAGCUGAAUUGUGGGAGUGCUCUGGGCAUCGUGGGAUUAGACCAUUUUGGAGAGAGGAGUGGCCAGAUUUGGUCUGAUGUGUUUGAUUGCCAGGGGAAUGAGACACACCUGUCAGAAUGUGUCAUCUCCUCAUGGAGUCGAGAUUCAUGUUCUCAUGAACAGGAUGUUGGAGUCAUCUGUUCUGAUUCCACAAAGUCUCUUCAGGAUGGCAUGCUGCGGACCAUUGGAGAGAGAGAAUGUGAGGGAGAAGUUGAGCUUUAUUACCGUAAGGACUGGAGGAGAGUUCUGUUCAACUCUUUUGGUUUUCCUGAAGCCUCUGUGGUCUGCAGACAGUUGGGUUGUGGCUCUGCUGUAAAGUUCUGGAGCUCCCAUCCAUCCAGCAUCAAAGGCACUGAAGUGUGUCUGACAGAUUUUUCAUGCUCUGGUAAUGAAGCUCAUGUAUAUCAGUGCAGAAUCAUUGCUGGCACAGUCUGCAGUCACAGUGAAUAUCCGUCAGUCAUCUGCUCUGGUGAGACACUCAUGUCCCUCAGGCUGGUGGGUUCUGGGAGUGACUGUGCAGGGAGACUGGAGAUUUUCCACAAAAACUCAUGGGGAACAGUGUGUGAUGAUUCCUGGGAUAUUGAAGAUGCCCAGGUUGUGUGCAGGCAGCUCCAGUGUGGAGAGGCCCUGAGUGUCCCAGUUCCAGCCUGGUUUGGUCCUGGAACUGGACCCAUAUGGCUGGAUGAGGUGGAGUGCCUGGGGAACGAGACGUCCCUGCUGAGUUGUUCUUCAAAGAGAUGGGGACAACAUGACUGUGGACACAGUGAAGAUGUGGGAGUGGUGUGUUCAGAGUUCAAAGAGGUCAGACUUACUGAAGGCUGCUCAGGGAACCUGGAGGUAUUUUAUAAUGGGACCUGGGGUAAUGUCUGCAUGAACCAGAUGGACUCAGACACAGCCUCUUUAAUCUGCCAAGAGCUGAACUGUGGAAAGAGUGGCAGUGUUGACUGGGCCAGACCAAGAGUGGCUUCAGCUCCAAACUGGCUUGAUUCAAUGAAAUGCAGACCACAUGACGUCACUCUGUGGCAGUGUCCAUCUUCACCCUGGGGUCAGAAUGAAUGCACUGAUGUGGAAGUGGCUCAAAUGACCUGUUCAGAAGAAAAAAGUUCCAGCCCACGAAGUCAUUUGACAUGUUCAGCAUCUACAGCCCAGAGGCCAUGUUCAGACCGUCUACCCCUCAGGCUGAUGGGAGGAGAGGGCCAGUGCUCUGGGAGGCUGGAGGUUUAUCAUAACGGUACCUGGGGCUCAGUCUGUGAUGAUCUGUGGGACAUGAGGGAUGCUCAGGUGGUGUGCAGGCAGCUGGGCUGUGGUCAGGCACUGAGGACUGAUGGGAGUGUUGUCUCUGGUCAUGGAGAGGACACUGUGUGGCUGAGUAGAGUGGAGUGCAGAGGCAGUGAGUUCCAGCUGUGGGACUGCUCUCUCUCCCUGAAGAACCACACUGACUGUUCCAAAGAGAGACACGCCAAGGUCACCUGUACAGUUGUUACCAGACGGACCACGACCUCAAAGACUCUGUCUCCAGUUCCACGUCAUUCUGUUCCCUUGGCGGUUUUCCUGGUUCUAGGAACACUGCUCCUACUGCUGGUGGUGCUUCUGGUUGUGAUGUUUUAUCAGAACAGAGCAAUGAGGAGAGCCCUUUCCAAGAGGAAACACAUGACUGUGUCUGAAGUGGUCUAUGAGGAGAUUCAUGACAGAUUCAUCACUAAAAGAACCAGUAACACUGCUCAGAGUGGGGGAAAUGAGGAGGAGGUUACACCAGAGGAUUAUGAUGAUGUCAGGUCUGUUGGAGAUGUUCAGCAAAAUCUUCAGAAGAUGGAAUAUGAAAAUGUGGUGGAAGAAGCUCUCAAAGGCGAGAGAAAACUCUCUGAAGAUUACAAGGCCAAAAGUGACCCAUAUGCUGGCAAGAAUGGCAGUGUGAGAGACCAAGUAGAAUCCAAGCAUCACCACCAAGGCCAUCCUGAUGACUCUGAGCAGUUCUGGUACCAACAUCUCAGGCCAGACACUCCAGUGGACACUGCACAAGGCUGGUCUCCAUGGACACAGACCAAGGAGGGCUCCACUUCUCCAAGACAGCUGGUGAAUGGUGGUAAGCGCUGUGCUGGGAGAGUGGAGGUUCUUCAUGAGGGACAGUGGGGCACGGUUUGUUCUUUUUCCUGGGAUAUGACUGAUGCUGCAGUGGUCUGUAGAGAGCUGGACUGUGGGGAGGCUGUAGCAGUAUUGCAUAAUGCUCAUUUUGGAGAGGGAUCAGGACCAAUCUGGAUGGAUAAUGUGGCCUGCAGUGGAUCAGAGUCUACACUGAAGAACUGUACAUCAGCAGGAUGGGGCAAACAUAGCUGUCUCCAUUCUGAAGAUGCUGGAGUCAUCUGCUCAGGUCAUGUGACCAGACUAGCAGAUGGAUUUAACUUGUGUUCUGGGAGACUAGAGCUCCUACGUGGAAACAAAUGGGGCACGGUGUGUGAUGCUGCCUUUGACCAGCAGGAUGCAGAGGUUGUGUGUCGAGAGCUGGGCUGUGGGGCUCCUGGAGAAAUUCUGGGAGGAGCAGCUUUUGGCAGAGGGGAGGGCCAUGUGUUGUCAGAUGAGUUUCAGUGUGGAGGAAAUGAAUCUGAGAUUUUCCUUUGUCCAAAAUCAUCUUCACAGACACGAAAUUGUUCCCAUGAUAAUGAUGUAGGUCUUACAUGCACAGCUUACACAGAGUUCAAACUGGUUGGAGGCCCUGACUCCUGUGCUGGUCGAGUUGAGCUGCGGUACCUGGAGGAGUGGGGCACAGUGUGUGAUGCAUCAUGGGACAUGAGAGCUGCCAGUGUCCUCUGUAGACAGCUGAAUUGUGGGAGUGCUCUGGGUGUCGUGGGAUUGGAUCUUUUUGGACAGGGGAGUGGCCAGAUUUGGUCUGAUGUGUUUGAUUGCCAGGGGAAUGAGACCCACCUGUCAGAAUGUGUCAUCUCUUCAUGGAGUCGAGCUUCAUGUUCUCAUGAACAGGAUGUUGGAGUCAUCUGCUCUGAUUCUUCAAAGUCUGUUCAGGAUGGCAUGCUGCGGACCAUUGGAGUGAGAGAAUGUGAGGGAGAAGUUGAGCUUUUUUACCGUAAGAUGUGGAGGAGAGUUCUGUUCAACUCUUUCGGUUUCCCUGAAGCCUCUGUGGUCUGCAGACAGUUGGGUUGUGGCUCUGUGGUAAAGUUCUGGACCUCCUCUCCAUCCAGCAUCAAAGACUCAGGUCCCAGGUCCCUCAGGCUGGUGGGUUCUGGGAGUGACUGUGCAGGGAGACUAGAGAUUUUCCACAAAGACUCAUGGGGAACAGUGUGUGAUGAUUCCUGGGAUAUUGAAGAUGCCCAGGUUGUGUGCAGACAGCUCCAGUGUGGAGAGGCCCUCAGUCCCCCAGUUCCAGCCUGGUUUGGUCCUGGAACUGGACCCAUAUGGCUGGAUGAGGUGGAGUGCCUGGGGAACGAGACGUCCCUGCUGAGUUGUUCUUCAAAGAGAUGGGGACAACAUGACUGUGGACACAGUGAAGAUGUGGGAGUGGUGUGUUCAGAGUUCAAAGAGGUCAGACUUACUGAAGGCUGCUCAGGGAACCUGGAGGUAUUUUAUAAUGGGACCUGGGGUAAUGUCUGCAUGAACCAGAUGGACUCAGACACAGCCUCUUUAAUCUGCCAAGAGCUGAACUGUGGAAAGAGUGGCAGUGUUGACUGGGCCAGACCAAGAGUGGCUUCAGCUCCAAACUGGCUUGAUUUAAUGAAAUGCAGACCACAUGACGUCACUCUGUGGCAGUGUCCAUCUUCACCCUGGGGUCAGAAUGAAUGCACUGAUGUUGAAGUGGCUCAAAUGACCUGUUCAGUCUGUGAUGAUCUGUGGGACAUGAGGGAUGCUCAGGUGGUGUGCAGGCAGCUGGGCUGUGGUCAGGCACUGAGGGUUGAUGGGAGUGUUGUCUCUGGUCAUGGAGAGGACACUGUGUGGCUGAGUAGAUUGGAGUGCAGAGGCAGUGAGUUCCAGCUGUGGGACUGCUCUCUCUCCCUGAAGAACCACACUGACUGUUCCAAAGAGAGACACGCCAAGGUCACCUGUACAGAUCAAUCCUCUCCACCUGAAACCACCACAGGUGAAUGUCAUUGUUAUGAGCUGGAAAGUAAUGACAUCUACUGGUUCCUUACCAACUUCAGUUGUUACCAGACGGACCACGACCUCAAAGACUCAAUCUCCAGCUCCACGUCAUUCUGUUCCCUCGGCGAUAUUCCUGGUUCUAGGAACACUGCUCCUACUGCUAGUUGUGCUUCUGCCCUCUCCAAGAGGAAACACAUGACUGUGUCUGAAGUGGUCUAUGAGGAGAUUAAUGACAGAUUCAUCACUAAAAGAACCAGUAACACUGUUCAGAGGGACGGAAAAGUUGAGUGUUAUGAUGAUGAGAAAACUAUUGGUGACCUGACACAUGAGUGGGGAAAUGAGGAUGAGGUUACACCGGAAGAUUAUGACGAUGUCAAGUCUGUUGGAGAUGUUCAGAAGAUGGAAUAUGAAAAUGUGGUGGAAGAAACUCACAAAGGCCAGAGAAAACUCUCUGAAGAUUACGUCAACACAACCGAAGUGACCAAAUAA